AUGGCUACACAAUUCAUGCCUCCGUCAUCAUACAUGACUGUACCACCAGUCAUGGGGUACAAUGGAUACCCUAAUGGUAAAACUGGUGGGUUCUCCUUCCGCAAACGAGUGGAACGGGUGGACUGGAGAAAGAUUUCAAUGGUGGACAUUGAGAACAUUUCCAGAACUUUAGAUUUUACCACACUGCAGGAGAAUAUCAUGAAUAUUACUUUCUGCAAUCUGGAAGCUGAACUGGAUAUUCGCACAGUGGACCCAAAUUUUGUCAAGCUAUUCAAGUUAGCACAGCUGACAAUAGAAUAUUUGUUGCAUAGCCAAGAAUUCUUGGCCACAUUGUGUACCUCACUGGAAGAGAAAGCCAAACAGUCUGACCAGGAGGUAGAAAAGCUGAAACAGGAUGUUGAGGCAGUGCAGAAGGAACUGGCAGAAGUGAAGAAAGAGAGUCAUAAACGGAAAAAGAUGUUGAUAGCUCAACAGCAACUGCUACAUGUAGGAAAUGAAAGUUAUAACAAGUGUCCCUUCUGUGCCAAAGCCUUCAUCAACAACUCUUACUUGCAAUCACACAUCAUCCGGCGACAUUCUGCCAUCUCAGGCAACAAAGACAUUUCUAGUCCCAUCAGUCCAGACCUAGGAGUGGGAUCAGAGAGUGGGCGAAACAACAUAGAGGCCGAAAUUCUUCACCUCAAAGAGCGGCUGCUUAAAUAUGAAGCCGAGCACCAUGAGGACAAACAAACGGUGACAUCAAACAGUAUCAGGAAGAGCACCAAACUUCAAGUCACACAAGUGAACCAGAACUCAUCAGUGCCCAUGGACAAUUUGGAGGAAGGAGAGAAGAUUGGAAUGAGUGCAGCUUUAAUGAAGGAGUUAAGAGAGCUUAAUGCAAAAUAUCAAGCAUCCCAAAAAGCUUUGCAAGAACUUGAAGCUCGAACAGGAGGUAAAAGAUCUUACUUGGGUGACCUGGAGGAUGAAGUCGAGAAUGAGAAAGAAUUGUUGAAGGAACAGAGGAGUGAAGUUGCAGCCUUCAAAGAGCAACUGCAGCAGCAGCUGGACCUGAUGAAGAAUCACAUGGAGACCAAGUUGACCAAACAAGAGCGGAAAUGGCAAAAGAGAAUGCAGCACAUGACCCAGGAACAUGCCAGCGAAAUUAAAAAGCUAAACAAUGCUUUAGAGACAACCAGUCGUUCACAAGAAGAAUACCAGAAUCCUAAACUGUCGAAACAACAACAAGAAGUUCAAGAGAUUUUGAGGCUGUCCAGAGAGCGAGAGAAGGAACUGGAAAUACAGGAGAAACUGAUAGAGAAGGAAAUUAUUCGAGCGUCUAAGACCAAAAAGACUUCUAAAGCAGCUCGAGUGGAAUCAACACAAGUCACAGCUCUGCAUGGGGCCCCUGGGUUGUCCUCCACUCCAGGGGUGAAACAAGGUCAGAUGUACCCUAGCGAUGAUGAAGGAAGUCCAGGUUUUGGUACUGGUACCAGCAGCCUGAGAACCUUCCACAGCGACACAGGCAGGUCAACUUUGGGCCAAACUGGCACCCAGUCACUUCAUACAAUGCAGUUUUUGGAGGAACUGCGAAAAAAUCCAACAUUGGCAGUGAUGAGAGAGCAGCUGGCGGAAAUGUUGCAGGAACAAGUGGAGAAGAAAGGAAUACCACCUGGGCAAACAGGAAUCACAGAUGAAGUCCUCAAGAGCAAGCUCGCUAUUCUGUCAACGCAGAGACAGAUGCAUGUUCAGAAAUAUCCAGACUUCAACGAGAGGAGAGAGCAUUUUAACAAGACAUCAACAGAAGAAGCAAGGAAACAGCUGAAAGUACAGAGCACCUCAACACUUAGUCAACCACCCCAUGGUGAAGCUCGUCGAAGACUAGAGUUAUCACAGACUUUACGCCAUGACCCGGGUCUGCCCACUGGGUUCAGAGCAGGCCCGCCUCACCCUCAGCAGCAUUUGUCAUCACAGAGAGCCACCCCUCAGAGCCCCGGCAGACAUGGCAUCAGUCCACACGCCAAACCACAGCCACAGCCUAGAACCCCACAGCAUGCCAGACUGCACCAGUCCACAGGGUCCACACCUGAAUGGGCUAGUUCAAAGUUUGAUAGUGAUGAAGACAGUUUGGAAGAAGAAGGCCAUGAUUUCGCUGCUGGUGGCAAAAUAUCUGGCCCUCCAGGAACCCGGCUAAUUCAGUCAGGUCCAGCCAGAGGGCCCACACCGAGUCCGCGCUCACAGGGACCCAAGGCGAGACUGAUUCAGUCCAAGCCGUUAAACACUAAUACAAAUAAUGACAUUGAUAACCUCAAUUUGGACAGAGAUAACAGAAAACCUUUUUCCGCUUCCUUACCAUCUGGAAAGACAGGAUCAUUUUCAGACAAAAUAGACAUGAUAGAAAAGCAAAUGGAGAAUCGCAAUACAAAAGAUAGACCAUUUGGAGGAGUAAAUGUGGGAGUUGUGACAGGUGCCAUUAAACAGAAGGGAAAAGAGGGCAAUUCUGAUCUGGACAAUGACUGGGAUGAUGUGACUGAAUCAGAUGAACCUGCACCAGCAGUGGCCAAGUAG